CCCAGGGUGGUGACCCUUCCAUGCUUCUACAACCUGGAUUAGCUUUGCCUGUUAAAUAGACUUCUAUAGUACACACUUUGUGUCUUCUUUUUUCCUGCAUGUUUUGAGAUUCAUCCAUGUCAUUGCACAGAGUGUUAGGGUUUUCCUUGCUGAAUUGUAGUCUAUUGUCAGAACACACCGUAGUUUAUCCAUUCAGCAUGUUUGUCAAAUGUUGAAAGGAUGUUUAAAUCCGAGGGCAAUGAAACAAGGCUAGCAGUAGGGUUUGGUCCUAGCAGAAGAGUGAAUUUGGGACAGGAUAUGAACAGGCACUGCAUAUAGACAGAAUUCCUGUGUCCCAGGCAGAGGGGUGCAGGGAAGGAGGGAGGCAGAUUUCACUGUGCACGCUGGGAGUUGGUGAAGUGGAAGAGAGUUUACCAGCAAGUUUCCAGUUCCUGGUGCUGCCCUUGGGCUGUGGACAUUACUAGGCCAAGACCAAGCCCUUCAUUUGCUUGAAAUCUCUGAUGAGGCUGCCAAACCCAAUCUGGCCUUAAGAAAGGGUGUGACAUCUUCUCCAGUUUACUUGCUUGCAGACUCACGAAUCUGGGAUUUCUGAGGAAAGGGAGGACACCAUGUUUGCAAGAGGAUUAAAGAGGAAGUGUGCUGAUCAUGAGGAAGACCUGGGGGCAGCCCUGGCUGGCUUUAAGGCCAUCCCCUCCUACAGCCUGCAGCGGCAGUCGCUCCUAGACAUGUCCCUGGUGAAGCUGCAGCUCUGCCACAUGCUGGUGGAGCCCAACCUCUGCCGCUCAGUCCUCAUAGCCAACACAGUCCGGCAGAUCCAGGAGGAGAUGACACAGGAUGGGACGUGGCGUGUGGCCGCACCCCAGAGCACAGGCCAGGCUCCCUUCGAUCGCCUAGUCUCCACAGACAUCCUGUGCCGUGCAGCACGGGAGCAACUAGGGAUGCGCCCUGUUCCUGGUGUGGGAGAUGGCCACAUGCUAAGCCCUGCUUCUGAACUUUCUGCAGUCCCCUCGGCACAGGUAUCAAGGAACCUUCAGGACAGUGUCUGGGAAAUGGACAACCCCCGGGAAAAUAGAGGAAGCUUUCAGAAGUCACUAGAUCAGAUCUUUGAAACACUGGAGACCAGAAGCCCUGGCUCCACAGAAGAGCUGUUCUCAGACAUGGACAGUUCCUACUAUGACUUGGACACGGUGUUCACGGGGAUGGUGAACAGUGCCAAGCCGGGACCCUGUGAUGGGCUCCAAGGCUUGGCCCCAGCAGUUGCCUCACCCCCUCCCUCUAGCUGCAAGUCUGACUUGGGCGAGCUGGACCAUGUGGUAGAGAUCCUGGUGGAGACCUGAGGCAGAGGCUACAGCUGUCCCACAGUGCUCGUGGUCAGUCUGCAACCUGAGGAUGUCGAGCACUCGACUGCAGAAGAAAGUUCUAUGUGGCCUGCAGCCAGUGGGGUCUAUAAGCCCCCGCCUGGUCAUAGUGGAGCUGGGUCUCCUCUCAGGCUUCCUGCCGGGGGCCAGUCUUGAUAUCCCCCACAGCCUGGGCCCCUCAUCCCUUUUUGUGUCCUGGCUGCAGCCACCACGGAGGACAGUGAGCCACAAACUGCAUCAACCUCAUUUAAAUUUAGAUAGGUGAAUUUUUAAACAUAUAAAAUUAAGUUUUAUAUGUUUUAGGCAGUAUUUUGCCUUAAGAGAUAUUUUUUAAACUUUUAAUACUUUACCUCUUUAGAUAUUUUCAGCUAUUUUCUUAAAAGUAUAUUUUUUCUAUGAACAUCCUCUGCUGCUACAUUAGAAACUUUUAUAGCAAAACACUUGCAUUGCAGUUGGUGUAUUUCAUGUUUUGGAGGUUUAAUUAAGAUUUUUUUGUGUGAUGAGCUUCACUAUAUGCCAACAGUAUAAAUAUAUUGAGUUUUUACUUUACUUUUGUGUGUGUCCCUUCUCCAUUAUAUUGUAUUACACUUAGAGCUUGAUUAAAAUCGAGAACCAGGCACAGCCACUUCCUUUCUGUCGUUAGAUGAUCUGCUGUGUGAGCCAUGUCUGCCUGCCUAGACGUAAGUGUAAAUUAGGGAGGAUUUUAUUUAUGCCUAGUUGUAUGUAAAUGUCAUUAAAGAUAAAGUCACCAGCUGCUCUUCAGGGACUCAGCCUCUCAUGAUGGGCCACCUGUCCUGGGUGGGGCCAGUGCCUGUGGUUUGUGCAUGAGGCUGCCCAGUGCCAGGCACAUGCGCCUGGAAAGGUGCGGUCUGUGUGCUAUUGACUGGAAAUGCCUGUGCUGCUCUGUUGGUGCUGGGUCUAAAGUUUGAGGUUAAAUUUAAGUUUAGAAUAAAAUAAAUCUGAAUCUGUGUAAUUUAUGGCCCUUGUUCCUGAGGGUGCUGCCACAGUAAGUGGGGCCUGCACCUGUCAGACCCUCUUCCUGCUCACAAGUUGGUGUCCCCAGCCUUGUCCACCUGUGUCCUGUUUUAUGCUCCUUCUAGCUUCUCUGCUCCUCAGCCAGAAAGGCUGGUGUUCUGUGCAUGUGACCAUUGUUUAAUCUUGGUGAUGUAAACCCCGUGUUAUUAAAGCAUUAUCCAAU